AUGCCUCCUAUCCGUACAGCAGGUCCGAGCAGGAUCGAAAGAUCGCCUUCUGCGACCGCCAGCCUUGUUGCUACGCCAGCUCGAGCUUCGAACACUACAAAAGCCUACUCUUCGAGGCAAAAGGAAUGGAACGACUGGUGCCAUCAGCAAGGGGCCGGCGACUGCCUCAUCACUUCGGACAAGCUGAUGCUGUUCCUUGAGACGUAUGUGCUCAAAAAGCAACCGUCAAGGAAGCGAGGCAGAAGGGUCUCGUCCUGCCCUUCCGCCAACACAGCAGACGCAGGCCGCCCUCCGGUCUCUUCGCCCUCGGAGACAAUCCUUGUCAACGCAGAGGCAGCACAAUCGGUCGAUCAGGACACUGCUGCGGCUGACAGCUCCAGCGAAAGCAACAGCGGCGAUAGACUGAGUUAUGCCUCAGUCGAGCUUUAUGUCUCUGCCGUGGUCGAUCUGUGGAAGGAACAGGUGCGACGAGACGAGAACCAUUACCCAAGUCCUCGCACCGACGAUGUGAAAGACCUGCUUCGGUCCCUGCGGAAACAGCAGCGACAAAGUCAGCCCGUCGAGGCUGAGCCCGAGGUUCUGCCGAUAAUCUCCUGGUUUGGACGGGUGUUCGAUGACCUCCUAGACCGCGACGAAGUGGCCGAGCUCACCGACGACGGACUGGAACGCAACUCCUACGAUGGCAUUCGUGACCGACUCAUGAUAACGAUGACUCGCCAUGCCGACGUGCGAGGCGAGAAUUUGCGCAACCUCAAGCUCGUCGAUCUCCACAAGUCGAAGCUCGCUAGCCUCAAAGUGCCAGUCCACUUCAUUGCGAUCACGGGUCAACUAAAGGGCGUCGACGAUGUCGGAGUGAUGCGAAACGCCAAGCUCGAGGAGUGUGCAAUCGGCGCUCUUGCUCUUCACCUUUUCUGCAAGUUUGAGAUGGAGGCCGACCAUGGUCUUAACCGAAGCGGCAACGGCAACUUCCCUGACUUUACAUCUGUACGAGACUGGGAGCGUCUCAAACUCUUCUCAGCGCCGCGGUCGGCAAUCACCGCCAUCCCAAAGGCUGUACACGCCCAAAACUUUCGAGAGGCCUUCCUGCGCUGCGGGAUCAUCGAGGAAUCGAAGCUCAAGCAUGCCCUGAGCUCUAUCAAAUUGCGGCGUGAAGAUCAAUGGCAAUCACAUUGGAUGUAUCAAAGCCCGGGAGACAAGGUGAGGGUCGAGGCUGGAUUUCUGUUCGGCGAGAAGAGUCCUUGUCUCCUUCGCGAUGUUCCUGUGCCCUUGGACCUCCAAUCCCGCGUCUUCCAUGGUGCCACGACGCAGCUCAACGAUCUCGAGGCCGGACGAAACACCUCAAUGUCGGCAGAAGACCACAGGGCUGCCAUCGACUUCCUCAAGCUGCUGGUAGAUCUGCGAUCGGUGCUCAUCCAAGACGCAGUUCUGCUCAAGCGGAAGUAUCCACACCACUUUGUCUUCCAACAUCCGCUCUUCCAAUCGGACGACUUCAAGAAGUUCGAAAAGAUGAUGCUCGGCCAAGUCCAGAUCGUGGAAGCAUUCGAGAUUGUCGAUGAAGGGUUGAGCCUUUCGAACCUCAACACCAUGGCGAACUCCAAGAUCGCGCGAGGGGAUUUUCGCAACCCUUGUCCAGAUCUCAAGAACCCCGCCGCCAAGACGGCUGUCGAUUCGCUCCUAUCCACAGUCAAAGAAGCCCACGAGCGCUUUGGCGAUCCAACCGCGGAGGACCACGAGAUCGCAAGUUUGCCUCUCGAAGCAAUCCAAGAAAGAAUCGUCUUUGACCAAGAUGGCCUCACUGUGACGAGAGUGCUGGAAGCAAGGAUACGCCUUACCAUCCAAGCAAGUCUGGCAACACACUGCCUCACGGCUUUUCCCUACGAGCGAGCCCUGGAAGAGGCUGCCGACCUGGACCGCGACUACGAUUACGAUGAUCCUCAAGAGAUCAUCGACUGCUACCCGCUGUACGGUCUCAUCUUUAGCGUCAAGGACUGCAUCCACGUCGAAGGCUUGCCGACCACUCUUGGAUGUUCAUCGAGAGCUGGCCACAACGAAUCGGCAACGGCUCAAAUGGUUCAAGAGAUGAUUGAUGCGGGCGCUGUGAUGAUCGCUAAAACGACAGCUCCUCAGCUCAUGAUGUCGAACACCACACAAUCACCACUUUGGGGCACCACUCGAUCGCCGCUCGAGCCAAGUGCCGAUGCCGAGAACCAAGAGCAGGAAUUUCAGGUAGGUGGCAGCUCGGGAGGUGAAGCAAGUCUCGUUAGCAUGGGCGGCAGUCACAUUGGCAUUGGCACCGAUAUGGGCGGUUCCGUACGUCAGCCCGCCUGCUUAAACGAGCUGUAUGGGUACAAGUUCCCAUCGCAGCCUCGAAAGUUUCGCUGGAAGCUACCGACAGACUUCAUGACCGGUCUCCCACAUACGACCGUUCCUGCCACUGCGCCCGGCUUGCUUGCAAAGAAUUUCUGGACUCUCAAGGCCGUUGCGGAUCAUCUCAAUGGCGCCAAGUACGAGAACGUCGAGGAACUCACGUCAGAAGACUUCGAAGACAUAUUGGACGAGUGGGCUAUACCGGUGCCAGAAGACCUGGGCAACAACCCGCGCAUCGUGUACACGGCGCAGCAGAGCUCGCCCGAGCUGCAAGGCCUGAUGGACUGGCUCGUUGGGUACCUGCGCAACAUGUCGUACAGUAAUCGCCUUGCACAUCCGGACUCGAUCGACAAACUCGGCGAUGUCGACGUUGAGGCGUGGGGCGAGGUGUGGACGGAGCACGCGAAAGAACACGGCUUUGACCACGCGCGUGCUAUGCUCGGCGACGACCCACUCAUCAAGCGCACGCUGUUCGAUGAAUCGCGCCUCUCAACCACGAAAGGAUGCAAAGCGGACGACUGGAGACCCGACAGCGCGAAGCUUGAAGAGCUCAAGAAGACCUUCCUGCGCCAGGCGGGACUAGACGGCCCCGUGAACUCCGACGAGGGUCCAGAGAACGUCAUCCUCCUCACUCCCACGUACGUCCUCGGCGGUCCUGUACAGAACAAGGCCUUCGUUGAGCUUGACGACGCGGGGCUCAGCGAGAUCUGGUGUCAGAUCUUCAACCUGCUCGACUGGCCUGCCGUAUCCAUCUGCAUCCCUGACGUCCCCCGUAUCCGGAGAUCCAAGUUCAGGCAGACGGCCGCCGACUCGCCUAAGUGGGCAAAACAUCUCCCGGGGCAUAUCGACGACGGCGAGCCGGAAGGUCGUUUGCCACACCUCAGUGUCCAACUGGCCACCUAUCCUGGGAACGAACUGGCCCUUUUAGACUAUGCAGAUCGUCUCUGCAACCUCAGCAAGUGGACUCCAGAGGACUAUCAACUCGCCGAUCAAGAAUUGGCUCGAUCGGAUCCGAGGGGGCAUGCUAGAGUACACAAGCUAGAUAAGGAUGGGGCGGACGAGGAGAAACGCAAGGCGGACGAUGGGUCGGAAACAAUUUCGACUGAUCAAGAGCCACAGCAGAAGCGCAGCCGCAACGAUACGGACACAAACUGA